AGCUGCGACAACGUAGCAUACACUAGUGCUUUUGCUAGCUACUUGUGCGAGAAGAGAGAGCGCACGGCGAUAGAUAUGGCGCAUAGCAAGCGCGAAAUCAAGCCCGGGAGGGCGCAUACCAAGGUGGCCGGCGACGACGAGAUGCUGCGGACCGGGUUCUUCGACGGCACGCCGCUGGAGGGCGGCAAGAUCGCCGACUCCCAGCCCGUCGACCUCUUCGCCGCUGCCCGCCGCGUCGCCGACGCCCCGUACUCAUCGCAGCAGGAAGGACCACACGAGGAGGGGACCAACAAGAACGCCGUCAUCGCGGAGUCGGAGCCCGUCGACCUGCCCGCGAGCGCGCGGGGCGUGGCGGAGGUGAACCGUGCUGGGCCGGAGGAGCAGACAGGCCGCGGUCGGCAGGGCAUGGCCGAGCCCACCGCCGGUGGACGUCGCUUGGGAUUAGGUCGCCCGGCCCCGGCUUAACGAUCCAGAUCAAGCAGUACUCGACUACCGCCACUACACUACCUGCUCUGCUCGUGUCUUGUUUCCAGUUUUCUUUCUCUGUAAGCGGUGUAGGGUUUGCCAAACUUUUAUGUACGAAUUAUGAAUAUCAAUAAAGUCGAUCUGCUGCUGCGUUUCUUGGCACCAA